UCUACCCCUGACACGGGCACUCUGAAGUCCUUUAGGUAAGGGGAAAUCUACCGGAAAGGCGUUCAAGCACAGUGACACACGACAAAGGAGUAUCUCCCUCCCGGCAAGGUUCCUCUGCAGGAAAGAAGAUCGCGCAACUACUUUUCGAGCGGAAAGGUGUACUCUCGCAUGCAGAGUACACAACUCAUCAAGUAGAAGGAAACCUGUUACAAAACUACGGUGCCCCGCAUGGCGAGGAGUGCGGCAUCCCUAAAGCUGGACCCGCGGUUCGGGGUCGACUCCCGCUGGAGCUGGGUGACGGCGGGAUUCCUGAGCUGGGUGCUGUGCGGAGCCCUGAUGGGCCAGCAGGCGGCGGGCGUCAUCUUCUACGGCAUCAUCGAGGCCUUCGGCGUCACCAGGCAACAGGCUUCGUGGCCACCGGUCGUCAGCGGCAGCCUCCUCGCCUUAGCAGCCCCCGCCAUGGGAUACCUGUGCAGGCGUUUCUCGUGCCGGGCUGUGCUGAUCGUCUGCCCGCUCGUCGCGAGCGCUUCCGCUUGCGUCUGCUACUUCGCCAACGACGUCCUGUUCCUCAUCAUCGCCUUCGGCAUCGUUCACGGUACGGCAGUAUCUGGCGUGUACGUCGCAGUGAAUGUGCUGGUAUCGCAGCACUUCGAGAGGCGGAGGACGACCGCUUGCUGUAUGUUAUUUCUGAUGAGCGGCUUAAACUUAAUCUACGUUCCGCCCCUGACCGAGCUGCUGCGUUCUACGUACGGCCUGCGAGGUAUGUUCCUCCUUUUCGGUGGAAUCAUACUCAACGCCUGUCCCGCUGCCAUCGUCCUCCGAAGCCCCGCCUGGAUGAAGCGACGAAGCAUACCUUCCGCCAUCAAUGACACUGAAUCUGCCAAGCACAGGACAACAUCAACUUCGAGCCAAUACCUGCAUCAUCCAAGCGCGCUGCAGGACGAAAACGUGACUCUAGAAGAAAGAAGCGAUAUGCUCCGAAACCAGUCCAAAACCAGCCUUACUAAAGCUCCUAUUGUUCGGAAUGGCAUAAAAGACGUGCUCUUACGUAAUGCCAACCAAGAAUACGCGAAGCCUGCACAAGGGGAGAAAAGGGACACCGAAAGCUUCGUGUCUACGUUAAAACCAUUCGCUACCGUCCCUUUCGCCGUGAAUGCCUUGUCGUUCUCCGUAGUGGUGUUCGGACUAACAACGUUUAUUAUCCUUCACGUGGAUAUGGCCGUGGACAGAGGCGUCCCGCCCGCCCGUGCGGUGUUCCUCAUGAACGCCUUCGCGGCCGGCGACCUCGUCCUGAAGCCCGCGAGUGGCGCCGUCAUCGACUCGGGACUACUGACCCUCGAUACGGUGAUGCUCCUGGGCUACGUGAUCCAAGGCUGCGCCUUCGAGCUGUUCGUCUGGUUUAGAAGCUUCCCACUGAUGAUGGCGUGUUCGACGCUGAUAGGAGUCAGCAACGGAAGUCGUAUCGCUCUGCAGGCGCCAUCUCUCACGAGGGACUUCGGAGUGGAGUCGCUGCCCGUCUUGAUGGGCGGACUGGUGUUCUUCCAAGGCAUUGUUCAUUUCACAAGGCCAUUUUUGUUCGGUUACUACCGAGACCACCACGGGUCCUACAACGGAAUUUUUCACGUCGUCGCUAUCUUAAAUGCCGCACUGGCUUUCGUGUGGUUGGUGAAAGUUAUUAUGAGAAGGCGGAAAACUCAACAUAAGUCAUCUAUCGUAGCUAGGCCUUGAUUUAAAAAGAAAAGAAAAAAAGAUACCGGCACAUUUACUAGUCGAGAGAUCGUCUGCGUCAAUCUCGGAGGCGCUUAAUAAGGAAGCACGUACUGCACAUACCGGGCAACUGCAACAAGCCCCGAAAACUGGCCCGUUAGCCCAGAGAGGCUCCAAUCCUGGGACUAGCAUGGUGACAUCUAUAGAUUAUUAUAGAUCAUCUGCUGCCUCUUCGGUGUUAGCAGAAUACACAGAUUUACAGAUAAUUCCGAGAGACUCGAGAUUUUAGCGCCUCUAAGGGAAACUCGUGCGUGGUGCUCAGUUUUCUCACUUUGGGGCUCACACGUGUUCACUUUCUCAGCAGUAAUACCCCGAAACAGUAGUCUGGCGUGUCGAGCGUGUGCACAAAUAACAUGCCCGGGUCGUCGAGCCGGCUGAAUUUUCCACUUGUCGGAUGCGUGGCUUAACUCCUUCGCAAACCGAGUACUUGGUCAGUGCCUUUGCAGCACACCGAGUUGACUUGUUGGCGCCUUCCUUUCUUCCUACUUUCCUCUU